CCACCGAAGAAGAAUAAAUCGAAUCUGGUCAUUGCAAAUCUUUUCCCGCAUGUGAGAUAAUUUACUUGUUCUCUGUAAUAUCGUAUAGAUUUGGAAUCGGGACAUUAUUUACUUCGGAGGAAAAUAUGCAGGUUUCUCGACUCAUUCCCUGACUAUGAGAAAGGAUUGAGUGACGAUUCGUUUAGCAACCUUGUGACCCAGCAUGACACCGUGAACAAGAUUGGUCGACCGUCUGCUGGGAUAUCAUUUAUAUAACAAGUUGUCUGAUAAAGGAGCAAUAGCUUCCUCAAUGGAUCCGGACAAAGCUAUUCCGUUCCCCUCCACCCUCCCGGAGUCCCCAGGUCAAACGUCUCCCGGGACCGCUUUACUGCUGGGUCUGGUUGACUGCAGGAAAACACCGGGGCAGAGAGGAGGAGGAGAAGAAGAAGAGAAGGAAGAUGGAGAUUUCAUUUCAUUAAGGGACAGCCCUGACCGUUGCUCUCUCAGCGGGAGAGGCUUGUCAUCUGGGGAGCCUCGACAACAUCGUGAUGCUGACAAGACAGAGAAGAGUCUCUCCAGAUCAGGACGUUUCAAUAAACACCGGCAUAGAGGUAUAGGGAAGAAACCUCACCACUGCUGCUUUGACUGGGGGAAGAGUUUUGCUAAACAGAGGGAAUUGAUCAUUUACCAGCAGUGUAACACUGGAGAGAAACCGUACCACUGUUCUCAGUGCGGGAAGAGUUCUGCUGCAUCUAAAACCUUAAAAUCUCAGAGAAUUCAUACAGGGGAGAGGCCUUACCCCUGCUUUGAUUGUGGGAUGACCUUCAGUCAAUCAAGGGCCCUGACAACACACCAACGCAUACACACAGGAGAGAAGCCUUACAGCUGUGAUCAGUGUGGGAAGAGCUUCAGGAACUCAGGACACCUGACUAGACACAAACACAUACACACAGGAGAGAAGCCUUACAGCUGUGAUCAGUGUGGGAAGAGCUUCCAGAAGUCAGGACACCUGACUAGACACCAACGCAUGCACACAGGAGAGAAGCCUUACAGCUGUGAUCAGUGUGGAAAGAGCUUCAAUCAAUCAGGAGAUCUGACAAGACACCAACGCAUACACACAGGAGAGAAGCAUUAUAGCUGUGAUCAGUGUGGGAAGAGCUUCAAGAACUCAGGACACCUGACUAGACACAAACGCAUACACACAGGAGAGAAGCCUUACAGCUGUGAAGAGUGUGGGAAGAGCUUUUCACUGUCCGGAACUCUGACUACACACAAACGCAUACACACAGGAGAGAAGCCUUAUAGCUGUGAUCAGUGUGGGAAGAGCUUCAAUCAUUCAGGUUCCCUGAUUACACAUCAAUACAUACACACAGGAGAGAAGCCUUAUCGCUGUGAUCAGUGUGGGAAGAGCUUCAAUCAUUCAGGAAAUCUGACUUCACACCAACGCAUACAUACAGGAGAGAAGCCUUAUAUCUGUAUUCAGUGUGGGAAGAGCUUCAGGAAGUCAGGACACCUGACUGAACACCAGUGCAAACACACAGGAGAGACGUAUUAUAGCUGUGAUCAGUGUGGGAAGAGCUUCAAUCAAUUAGGAGACCUGACUAAACACCAACGCAUACACACAGGAGAGAAGCCUUAUAGCUGUGAUCAGUGUGGGAAGAGCUUCAAUCAUUCAGGAUCCCUGGUUACACACCAACGCAUACACACAGGAGAGAAGCCUUAUAGCUGUGAUCAGUGUGGGAAGGGUUUUGCUCAAGAUUCCACCCUGACUGCACACCAACGCAUACACACAGGAGAGAAGCCUUAUAGCUGUGAUCAGUGUGGGAAGAGCUUCAAUCAAUCAGGAUACCUAACUAUACACCAACGAAUACACACAGGAGAGAAGCCUUAUAGCUGUGAUCAGUGUGGGAAGGGUUUUGCUCAAGAUUCCACCCUGACUGCACACCAACGCAUACACACAGGAGAGAAGCCUUAUAGCUGUGAUCAGUGUGGGAAGAGCUUCAAUCAAUCAGGAUACCUAACUAUACACCAACGAAUACACACAGGAGAGAAGCCUUAUAGCUGUGAUCAGUGUGGGAAGAGUUUUGCUCAAGAUUCCACCCUGACUGCACACCAACGCAUACACACAGGAGAGAAGCCUUAUAGCUGUGAUCAGUGUGGGAAGAGCUUCAAUCAAUCAGGAUACCUAACUAUACACCAACGAAUACACACAGGAGAGAAGCCUUAUAGCUGUGAUCAGUGUGGGAAGGGUUUUGCUCAAGAUUCCACCCUGACUGCACACCAACGCAUACACACAGGAGAGAAGCCUUAUAGCUGUGAUCAGUGUGGGAAGAGCUUCAAUCAAUCAGGAUCCCUAACUAUACACCAACGAAUACACACUGGAGAGAGACCUUAUAGCUGUGAUCAGUGUGGGAAGAGUUUUGCUCAAGAUUUCAAUCUGACAACACACCAGCGAAUACACACUGGAGAGAAACCUUACUCCUGUCUAUGUGGAAAGAGCUUUGCUCAUUCAGGGUCACUGAAAAAACACCAGAAAUCACAAACAUGUUUUCUUUCAUCUCCCUCCUCUCCGGCACCGGUUCCAGAUCCCUUUAUAAAGUUUCAAUAGAAAACAUCUUGUAAAGAGUCAUCCAUUUCCCAUUCUCUAACUAAGUCUGAUUACCAUGGUAACAUGUGUAGAUAAUAUGCAGCUCUGGAUCAAUAUGUAUCAAGCGUCUUGGAGUAGGAGUUCUGUGUGGGGGGGAGUAGGAGUGGUGGGGUGGGGGGGGUUCAGAGCUGUGUCUUAUUUCAUCAACUCCUGUUAUCCAUUAAAUAACUGUAUAAUGUAGAAUAAUGUUUCAACAAUACUCUGUGUAUUCAUGUAUUCAAUAGAUUAAUAAUUAAAACCAUUAUCUGAUCAACUUCUGCUUAUCACAUUAAUUUUAAAAUGUACUAAUCUAUAAUAAUUCAUUUUUUAUAAGGAGCAUAGGCCUCUUGUAUAAUUUUUGUUGGUCCUAAAGAUGUUAACAUUUCUUUUUAAAACCCUUCAUCAGGUUUUACUGUCGCUUAUGAGACAUAAGGAAGUGUGGUAAAAAAUACUAUUAGUGUGGUCAAAUGAUGUUGUUGCAUUUGUUUUCAAUGAUUUUAAUGGACCCAAAUUAGAGGUGUGGACUAAAUUAAUAAAAUAUUUGGUUUAAUGA